AUGCCAGAAAGUGGUUUACUAGCUUCGCUGGCUGAUAAUCCGUAUUUUUCUGCUGGUUUUGGUCUGGUUGGUGUUGGAACGGCUUUGGCAGUACUUCGUAAAGGAGGUCAAUUUGCUUUCAUAGCGUUCAGACGACAUGCGAUGAUAACGUUAGAGGUGCCCAGUAAAGACAGAAGUUUUCAAUGGUUGUUGCAAUGGAUAACAUUGAACGCUAGGAAAGCGCAACACUUGAGUGUGGAAACGACUUUUCAUCAAAACGAUACGGGAAAAAUUAACACUAAAUUUGAUUUUAUUCCUAGCCCUGGAACACAUUUUUUCAGGUAAGUCAUGCAGGGGGGGAUCUGACAAAUUUAGCAUCGGCUGAUUUCCCGGGGGGUGUAUAAUGUUUGUAGUCUCCACUCCACCCCCCUGAAAAGUCAAUGUCAACCAUGGUGUGUACUAAAUUUCCCAGAUUUAUGCAACUUUUGAGAGCCAUGGUACAUGGGUGUGCCCCUCCCACUAGGAGGAUAUGCCCCCCCUGUCCAAGACAGUUCCUCUGAGAUUUUGCAACCCAAAAAUGACAGACAGUGCUUGGUCACAUCACAUGCAAAAGGCUAAUUUAAUACAGUUGAAAGAUCCUAUAAAAUGCAUUCAUUUGAACACUUUUGAAACUGACCGACAUCCAAUUACUCAAUGUUGUAGUUAUAAAAAUCACUGGAUAAGAGUGGAACGAUCAAGAGAGAAAGGCAUGCUGGACUUGCAUACAGGAACUCCCUGGGAGACUGUCACUUUAACAUCACUAGGAUGGCGACGAGAACUUUUCUUCGAGAUCUUAGCAGAGGCACAAAAGAUGGCUUUGUCCCGAGAAGAAGGCAAGACGGUGAUGUAUAUUCCCAUGGGAGCCGAAUGGAGACAGUUUGGUUUCCCAAGGCGGCGGAGACCAUUAGAUUCAGUUAUUCUGGCCAAUGGUGUCACUGAAAAGAUCCUGGCUGAUAUUAAAGAUUUUAUACACUCUCCUAAGUGGUAUAUGGAUAGAGGUAUAGAAUAUGACUCAUUAAACCAGUGUGUAUAGGCUGGCCUGACUUAUACACAGUAAAAAUGCAAUGCUGUUCCAAAAACUUGUCAACAUGAUGUGUUCGCACUGCUUGUUCCCAGCUUGCUGACAAGAUCUGGCUGGUUGCAUUUGUCCGAACAGAAAUUCAUAUGGUUAGCUGCUAACUUCUGCAUCAGCAACUGUAAGACAACAUGCUCUUACUAAAGACAUAAUUAUGAUAAGUGAUAUUUAAUUCCAGGUAUUCCGUACAGAAGAGGAUAUUUAUUAUAUGGACCUCCAGGCUGUGGCAAGACAAGCUUUAUGUAUGUAGUGAUUUAGCUAACAAAUGGUAUAUUUAUAUUCAGACCUUGUGCUUCCAAAUAUUGAUUGAUUCCCAUUUCUCUUUAGCCAAGCACUUGCAGGAGAAUUAGAAUACAGUAUAUGUGUUAUGAACUUGAGCGAUCGAAGUCUUUCUGAUGAUCGCUUGAAUCAUUUAAUGAGCAUAGCUCCACAGCAAAGUAUUAUCUUACUGGAAGAUAUUGACGCCGCAUUUGUGAAACGAGAAGAAGAUGAACAAGGCGGACAGAAUAUGUACUUGAAUAGGGUAAGUUGUUUAUAUCUCAUCACAGAGCUAUCCUUGGAUGUAUGAGAGAUCUUUGCUGGCUAUGUCAACAAGAAUGCUUGAAAGAAUGAAGUUUUUUCACUUGAGUGAGGUUCGAAGACAGAUCUUUGUUCUAGUGGCUAUCAGGCAGUCAAGGUCUGAAGUAAAAAAUCUUCCCUUUGAAAUUUGUUUGAGAGCUAAAUUUUCUUUUUAAUUGAAUUAAUAACUUGAGCUAAUCUCCUAAAACAAACGUUUCUUUCUUUAAUUUGUUUUUCAAGUAAUUCCAAGAAAAACUGUUUCCUUGAAACUUGAACUCGCUGGAAAGUUUCACACCAUAACCUGCCACCCCCCUCCCCUUCCCUUGACACGUUUAUCUUUGGUCACUGCUGUUGCUAAAUUAGUUGGGUGUUACCCCCUGUCGUGUUCACUGUUGCAAACCCCUAUUAAAGGGGCACCCCUUUUUGUGGACACAUUGCAUGGUGACGUCCCGAAGGGGUGCGCUUAAUAGGAGCUCGACUGUAUUUAUUGUUUGAAACGAAACAUGUAAACAAAACGUUUUUAUUUGCAGGUAACAUUCAGUGGACUGCUGAACACUUUGGACGGAGUUGCUUCUACGGAAGAAAGGAUUGUAUUUAUGACGACAAACUAUCUUAACAGACUAGAUCCAGCUCUCAUACGACCUGGCCGUGUGGACAUUAAACAAGAGAUAGGUUAUGCAGAGGCUGACCAGAUAGAACGCAUGUUCAGACGAUUUUACCCGCAAGAAUCUGACAGAAACGCAAGGCAGUUUGCCCGCAAUGUCAGUAACCUUGGCGAGCUAAAAAGUAUUGCGCAAAUCCAAGGGUACUUUAUGUUACAUAAAAAUAGUCCCCAAGCGGCGCUUGAAAAUGUUAAUUUUUUGAAGGAGUAA